CAGAUAAUAUGGCAGUAAAAUUUUUGAAUAUCUCAGCGUUAUCCAUCAUGAAAACCCUCCUCUCACAUAACCCAAAAAGAAAAUGUUUAUAUAUGUUCAAUAAAACCACUAAACUCGAUGAUAAGGGCAAGAAAGUAUACAUAAUUUUAUAUCUACACACCCAUAAUUCCUCUCGUUCUUCCCUGCUCCUGGAUUCAGGCAGUGAUUUAAGCCUUAUACAUGAAUCAGAGAUAAAUAAACUAUUAACAACAAAGGAAAUUAUGAGAUAUAAGACUAAGUGUACACACAAGGUAGAAAGUUUUUCAAACCACACCGUGCCCAUUUUAUAUAAUAUUACGCUACCGUGGAGCCCCCAUAAGGUAGGACCGAUUAUUUACCUGACUUUCAGUGUAUAUACACAAGCCGUUGCGCACGGCUUAUUGUUUGGCAAAGAUAAUAUGCAAAAGAUGGGAAUGGUUUUAUCCUUUGAGAAGUCGACACCCAAGGUUAUGAUAACCAACCCCAUCAAAACAACAAUUGAAAGUUACCAUGCGUUUCCACAAGAAAUCAAGACCUGCUCAGCAACAUUUUCAUUAAAACCACAGGAGACUAAAUCGGUCAUCUUUAAACCACAUCACUUAUCAAACAUUAGAAAAGGAGACAAACUACUCAUAUCGGAAUCCAAUCACACACAUAUUCAUGUUCUGCCAUCUCGCUACUCAGCUUACUCUAUUUCCUCUCUACCUCUAAUUGCCUGUGUCACCAAUUUAAGUAAUGAACCUUUUCAAGGAAAAAUCUCCGCUGAGACUGAAGAAAUAUCUGAUGAAGAAAUAAUUGCCCAUGAAAACCUAGAUACUCUGCCACAACACUUAAAUAUUUACCACGAAGCUGUCCAAACAAAUUCAGCAUGCAAUCUACCAAUUUUAAAACUCAUAGAACCGUUACCCAGUACUGAUGAAAAAGUAACCCCAUUAACUUCCUUUCUCAUUAAAACUCCAUUUGAAACUAGAAAUAAUAUCUCAACAGAAACCACAACUCCACCACCAUUACCAGUUACCGAAGAUCCUGCUCUGAUAACAGAAUUACAAUCAAUCCCAUUUCAAUCUAUACCAGGAGAACCGUCAUCCCCGGUUCCAGCUCCAGAUUUUCCAACAGAAUUAACACUUCCACAAGGAUACGAACUACCAUGUAAUUUACCACAAACUGUGGAAGAAAUUUUAAAUUUAGAUCAAUAUGAACCACUACAUCAACAAUAUUUAAAAGAAAUCUUUAUUGACAAAUUUCCUACCGUAGUGUCACUCCAUGGUUAUGAUGUAGGAAAUCUAUCUGACACUAUGGGAUAUUAUAAAAUCCAAUUGAAGGAUAACUCUCCUCUGCCAGUUUUCAAGAAAAUGUAUUAUUUAGCUCCAGAGGACAAAAUGAAAAUGAAAGAUAUAUUAGAUUAUCUUAUGAAAUAUAAAAUUAUUGAACGUGCUAGUCACUUAAGUGAUGUACGCCAUUUACAUGCAUGCCCAGCGUUCCUUGUACCAAAACCGGACCCUCAAUCAUCCGCCCGCCUAAUUAUUGAUUACCGCCUUCUAAAUGAAGCUAUCUUAACAGCACCAGCGGUUAUACCAAGCCUUCCAAAUACUCUGCAAGCACUGCGAAAUAAAUACAUGUUCUCAAAAACGGAUAUAACUCAAGCAUAUUUUUCACUUAGUAUUGAUAAGGAAUCACAACCACUUACUAGAUUUGUUACCGAUUUUGGUUCAUUUCACAUGCUUAAAUUAUGUAUGGGGAUAUCUAUUAGUCCCCAAUGCUGGUCAGAAAUUACUCAUAGAAUGGUUCACAUGGUUCCAAACCUUGAUAAACUAGGAAAUCCAAUAUUUCUCGAAAACAAUGUGGUUGAUCUACGGCCUGACCACAUUCACGGUUGUGAAGUCUUCUAUGAUGAUUUAAUAUUUGCAACAGAACUUCAACCAACUUAUGAAGAAACUGUAAAAGUACAUUAUGCACUGAUAGGUAAGGUCAUAGAACGCCUGACUUUUCACAAAGCCAAACUCUCUCUACAUAAAUCUGAAUUUGGUAAAACGAAUAUCCGCUUCCUUGGUUGGUACAUAUCACAUAACACUUUAUUCCCCGACCAAAAGAGAGUUGAUAAACUGUUAAAUAGUCCUUUCCCUACCAAUGUUCAUGGGAUGAGAUCUUUUACAGGUCUUUUGAACACAAUUAGGACAACUCUACCAUGCACAUUCAUGCAUGAACUAUCACUGCUAACCCCAUUAUGCAGUUCAACAAAGCCAUAUCAACCUACAAAAAUGCAUAAAGCAGCGUUUGAGAGGAUAAAAAUUCUUCUUACUGAGACUCCAAUCUUUAGCAGAAUAAUACAACCAUCAGCAAAGAAAAUCCUGUUCGUUGAUGCCAGUGAUAAGGGUUGUUACUCAGCUGUACUUUGCCAAAUGGAACAAUUGGCACCUUCGGAUACACAUAUUCCAGAGACUCUAUCUCUAUCAGAUCCAGUAGACCGAAUAAUUUUCGAUCAUAAGCUAUGCUAUGAACCAGUACCAUUAUAUACCCUGGAUAAACUGGUUCCCAAAUCUACACUUCCAGAAUUCGUUAAUCGGAAGCCAGUUAAGGACAUUUCAUUCCUAAAUGAAGACUUCUUGGGAUACACAGAGGGGUCAGUUAAACAAUCAUUGUUUAUUUCUAUCCGUUCAAUACAAUAUGCUUAUAACUGUCAACUGUCGGAUCCAACUUUCCUAAAACAAGAAGCUAUUAAAAAAUUGAAAGCAAGUUUAACCAACCAUAAAAUUCUAGAUUUUCAAUUCAAAAAUGAUAAAACUGCAUAUAACGAAUUUCUCCGAAAUUUCCAAUUUAAUAAUGGUCCUGUGGAUGAUAAUCUCUAUUUAGUAGAACUCAUAGCUAUUGUUCUAAACCGUCCAUUUACCAUCAUUUCUACAUUAGAAAAACACAGCCAGAAUAAAAUCCUACAGUUUGUCCAUGACUCUAAGAAACCACCUUUUGUCUUCGGUCUUUACAAAAAAAAGGAUAUCCUUAUUUUUCGCCCUUAUUUUAUAAACAAACAUUCUUCCUUUAACCUGAAGGAAAUAGCACACAAAUUCCAAAUCGUCUCUUUUUGGGCUAAAACCAUUAGUGAAGCAGAUGCCAAAUUAUGCAUUGCAGAAAAAGAACUAUUUGCAAUUCUGGGCGCUCUGGACAAUUUUUCGAAAUUAAUAGGAAGUUCAGAAAUUCUAUGUCUAACAGAUAGUCGAGCUCUAUUCCUAUUGUUUUCAAAUCCGGUAUCAAAAUCCAUAUCCAAACUAUCCAGAUGGGGUCAAAAACUACAUCAAACAUAUCCUCUUCUAAAAUUUCGUUUCAUCAGCACCAAACAUAAUAUGGCCGAUUUCCUAACCAGGAAUUUCAACAUUUCACGCCAAGACAUGAAACGUCUACCCCUUGAAAGUUUUGAAGUCUCCAACCUAGACAACUACAUUGAUCCUGAUAAAGAAUUCACCCUAAAAGAGUGGGAAAACUUUGUAAAGGACCACGAACAUCUCUUAUCAUACAAACAACCAACAAAACCACAAAAACGACUUUCUGUUAACACCCUCUCAAGAACGGUUAAAAAUGUUCAAAAACUAUUAUUACCAAUGGAUUCUCUUCAACAUAAAAUAUCACACUCAAAUAUUGCUACUGAACAACAGAAAGAGUUCAAAAAUAUUAUAGAAUCCUGUUUAAACAAUGAAUCCUUUUUCUGCAAACAAGAAAAUAAUGAAUAUAAACUGUCAAAUGGUCUCCUCUACUGUAAGGACCAAGAUAUAUAUAAAAUACUUAUCCCACCGUCUCUUGAAGGCGUCCUGAUUGCCUAUACACAUUUAUCUCAAGCUCAUGCUGGGGUUGCAAAAAUGUCAACUACCUUAUUUCCGUACACAUUUCCGCAAAAAUUGGCAAAGAUAAAACAUCUGUGUAUGCGCUGCUUUCCCUGUGCCCUAACUAAUCCGUCGACCAGAAAACAAUUGCUUGGAAGCUAUCCAAUUCCAAAUUACAUUUAUGAAACCGUUGUUGCAGAUUUAGCAGAAUCUUUACCUCCUUCCCAGGGUCAUCAUCAUAUUCUUAUAUUUUGCUGCCCACUUACCAACUUCAUAACCUGUUACCCAUUAAAAUCCAAAACCGCCUCUUCAGUAGCAUUCCAUUUUACACAUGGUUUAUUUCAAACAUACAGAGUUAAAUAUUUUCUCUCGGAUAAUGGUACUUGUUUCUCUGAAAAACAUUUCUUAACAUUAUUACACACUCUAAAUAUACAAAGAAUUCACAUUGCAGCUCUCCGCCCAGAAAGCAACGGCCGAGCCGAAUCAGCGGUAAAACAAUUAAAAUAUCUUCUUAAGAAAACUCUUUCAACCUAUCCAGACUCACCUUGGACUGAUAUUUUACCAUUGCUAGUAAAACAAAUAAAUACAACUGUACAUCCAAACACUGGUUUCUCUCCAUUGGAACUCCUUCACGGUCAAAAUUCACCGUCGGCAGACUCACCAUUUCAUCAACCGCCUCCUACCAAAUUUUAUCCAUUAUUACAAAAUCUCAAAACAAUGGUUAAAUCAAAAACUGAAGAAACCAAUGCUAUUACUGAAUUCAUUAAAACAGAGUUACAACUCCGUAAAAUUGAUGUACAAAACCGCCUAAAUAAGAACCGUAUUUCUAAACCAUUUGAAAUUGGUGACUUUGUAUUUGUCAAAGAUCGUUCAAUAACAGUUGGAGUAAAUCCUUCUUUAAGAACCACUUACAGCCCAGAUCCUCACAUAGUUCUUCAAGACCGUCCAACCUCUUUGGUUGUUCAAAGAUUAUCAGACUCUUUUCAAUCAGUUUACUCUAAGGACCAUGUAAAAAAGUACAACCGUUUGGAUGCAUCCUUCUCACACCUACCACAACCCGUAAAAGACGUCCUAAUCAACAAAUUUGAAAAAUUAGACAAACUACAUUUUGAUGAAUUGCAAAAACAUGCUCAACUACAUUUGCCACAAGGUUUCUCUUUAAAUCCAACUAUCUCUGAAGACCCUCUGACCUCUUCAGAUCUCUGGGAUCAACCAAAUAUUGAUCCUACAUCCUUGAUACCAACACCAGAAAAAGAUAUGAGCGUAUCAAUACCACCAAACACCUCUUCAAAUCUAGCAAACCCAGAAAUAACUCAAGAUCAACCAGAAGAUACAACCAACCUUGAUGACCAACUACACAUUGAAAAACCACAACCACAUAAACCACUGCGUUCUCAUAAAUAUAAUACCAGACUUCAAGCAAAAACAACCCUGGAUACUGACAGCUCUGAUGAAGAAGACCAAUCUCCAAAUAAAAAGGCAAUGAUGGCCCCACAUAUACCAGGGUUUACGCCCAUGGAGGACCAGGGUGAUGGUUUACUGCACUACCAAGAAGAUCCUCAUAAUAUUCUGAUAGACCCCACCAAUGAAAUUAGUAAUCCGCCGGUCGAUGAUCUUUAUGAGACGGUACAGGCUCAACAGAUAUAUGUCAAUACAAGAAGAAGACUCGAUAGUUUCACACCAUUAAAUCCUAGGACACAACUGAAAGUAAAUUCUUUCUCUCAUCGCGGAUUAUGUGCCAGUCAACAUAUCCAAGAUCUUCAACUAUCGUUAGCUCUUAACAGCAUCCGCUUCCCGGAGCCGAGCGAUCCUAAUCUUGCUCCCUGUGAGGAAACAGAAACGUGCAUACACUGCGAAACUAUACCUCAGGUGAAAUUAUCGGACCACCAACGGUUGGGCCCGUUUGGGAAUCGUCACCCCCUGGCUACAGUUGGUCCUAACAAGAUGGGCCAGCUAAUCCUCGCCAUCUUUGCAAUCAUUACCCAAGCCGGAUCGCUGCAGUGUAAAGAAUGUCACCAGGACCACGACAUAACUGAAGCAAAAUCCUUCAUCGCCCAUGGCCUUACUCAUGGGGGAAAUCUUCCACCCAUGGCCUGUUUGCCGGAUUUGCAGAAAUUUUUUUCUACAUCUGCAAUUUUCUGCUGCAACUGUUUAAUGUUAAUGCCAUCCAUGGCGUCAUACAUCCUACACUCCUUCCUAAAACACCAUACACCCAACCUGCCUAUUUACUGUUGUCUCUGCGUCAAGUUCGUAAAAAAUACAACUUUGGAGCAACAUAUGAUCAACUAUCAUCCAAUGUUAAAAUGCCCGGUAUGUUUAAUUAAGUUGUCAACCCUGGAUCUCAUGGAGCAUUUGUUAUCUCCCACUCCACAUCACGCCUUUUCAAUUGAGGAAAUUCUUCCACAUUUCUCCAACGAUUUGGCCGCCAUAUUAAUUAGAGCAAAGAACACCACUCAAUGGUGGAUUUCCAGCGCAAUUGACAUUGCUCACAGACUGCUUCCUUUGAAAAUCCUGAAUCAGUAUGACUUUUUAUCAACGGCAGGUUUUAACAGACUACUGUCAACUCCUUAUCCGGUAUCUUUUCCAUCUGGAACUAGCUUAUUGAUCACGGCAAAUAAGGAUUUCAUCGAAACUACUGAUCUAAUAGCCCUACUUGGACUAUUAGAAUCUGCGUCCACCUUUAGGUAUCAUAAGGAGAAACUACAACUCUAUCUAUAUGAACUCCUGCAAAUACGUAUAUCGAGGGAAGUAUCAGAAAUGUUGUUGUAUUCAACCCCAACCAGCCUAGGUGAUUUUAUAUCUGAACUUCCGAACAGUAUGGAAGUAGAUCAUCUAGUGGGAUUUAUAAGCACCACGGACCCGACCUCCCUGUUCAAUCUACCUUCUACCAUUAGUUUCUUUAUAAUCGGAUCUAAUCUACUAAAGAACGUGGGUUCACAUCCAGCAUCACUGGAAUACUUUGUCACUUUAAGCACAAACGUUGACAUGUUGUAUCCGACCAACUGGUUCGACAUCCUUCCCUAUAAUCGCGGGACAGGAUAUAUAAGCUUGACACACUGCCAUAACAUCUGGGUAACUCAAGAUCAGUCGUUCCUCACCUACCUCUACAAUAUCAUAGGACACCUGAAUGAAGAGAAAAUAAUCUUUAUAGAGAUUGACGUAUCUUCUUUACUCGUAAAAAUCCCUAAACACCUACUUAGGGCUACUCUAAAAGAUGACCUCAAACAGCUGUUAUUUGGUUACUUUACAGGAAUAUUAGUCCUAUUCGAGGAUUUACCAAAUGGAAAAAAAAUCAAACGCCGUUGCGUACUUGUUAAUCAACUACCGUUCAGACUGCCGGCUCUUAGUAUACAAGAAAACCAACAGCUUCAUUUUCAGAUCUCCUACAUCAAUGAAUGUCUCGCAGCUAUGUUUCAAAUCAACAUAGUAACAAGUUACUCAAUUGUGGGUUCAGGAUUAACAUCAAAAAGUUCAAUGUCUACAGAGUGUGGACCUACCCUCGGUCCAGAUGGCCGCCUCUCUCCAAAAACAAUAAGGGAGCUCAAACAGUUCUUAUCACACAUGAAUCGAAAGAUCGUUUCAUUCAUGGAUAAAGCUUUAUAAUGGCUUUCAUCAAGAUGAAAUCGUUGGUUCUACUAGUCGCCCUGGUUCUUUUCAACUUCAUUUCCUACUCCUCUGCAAUUAAGUUUUUUAUCGACGACGAAACCUUAAAAGUUCCAACUUCAACCUCUUCAACAUAUUUUACGGCAAAUCUCAGCAUACUGUACUUUGAUACCUUCAAACUCGACACCCCAGUCAACAACUUCGGGUAUUCUUAUUCCAGCGUCAUCACAAUUAUUCCGGGAGGAUGCAAAUACAAUUGAUAUAAAUGUUCCCAGCUUGCUGACGACUCCAAAACAGAACCAUUUUCUCUGUUUCUGUUGGUACCAGAGCUGAAACUUUUCAUUGAAAUCUCAGUACUUCCGAUGAAUAAUUAAUCUACGGCUCGAUGAGUGGAGGAUUCAAAUCUACCUGCAAACUAACUGUCGAGUAAAUUACUUCAGACCCAAUGACGUCGGUCAAACAUCACAGAUUCGACCCGACCUAUCCACUAAUAUAUUUAAAUACAAAAGGAUUUAUGUUGGAUUAAUUUGUAAAGUUUUCACCUCGAUAUAAUUACAAACAAAUUAUGAAUAGAAAUGAACGAUUUUUUUUUAAAGAAUUUUAAGUUAUUAUUUUCGUUAAACCAGAAGAACCAUCGCAUUAUUUAAGACGCAAAAAUCUAAAAUAUUUUGGUGCACCUACGAUUUUCUUUAAUUUUUCAUAAUUUUUCAUUUUUUUAUAAACUUUU